CAUCAUCCAAACUGCACACAACAAGAUCAGAAACAUCAAUUCCAAGAAAGGAAUAGUAACCAUAAAUCCAACAUGAAGACCUUCCUCACCUUUGUCCUCCUUGCCAUGGUGAUGAGCAUCGUCACUACCGCUAGGCAACUAAACCCUAGCAGCCAAGAGUUGCAAUCACCACAACAAUCAUAUCUGCAGCAGCCAUAUCCACAAAACCCAUAUCUACCGCAACAACCAUUUCCAGUGCAGCAACCGUUUCCCACACCCCAACAAUAUUUCCCCUAUCUACCAGAGGAAUUGUUUCCCCAAUAUCAAAUACCAACCCCCCUACAACCACAACAACCAUUCCCCCAACAACCACAACAACCUCUUCCUCGGCCCCAACAACCAUUCCCCUGGCAACCACAACAACCAUUUCCCCAGCCCCAAGAACCAAUUCCCCUGCAACCACAACAACCAUUCCCACAGCAACCACAACAAAUAAUUCUCGAGCAACCACAACAACCAUUCCCCCAGCAACCACAACAACCUUUUCCUCAGCCCCAACAACCAUUCCCCUCGCAACCACAACAACCAUUUCCCCAGCCCCAGCAACCAAUUCCCUACCAACCACAACAACCAUUCAACCAGCAACCACAACAAAUAAUACCCCAGCAACCACAACAACCAUUCCCCCAGCAACCACAACAACCUUUUCCUCAGCCCCAACAACCAUUCCCCUGGCAACCACAACCACCAUUUCCCCAGCCUCAACAACCAUUUCCCCUGCAACCACAACAACCAUUCCCCUGGCAACCACAACAACCAUUUCCGCAGCCCCAACAACCAAUUGCGCACCAACCACAACAACCAUUCUCGUUCUCGCAGCAACCACAACAACCAUUCCCUCUGCAACCGCAACAACCAUUCCCCCAACAACCACAACAACCAUUUCCCCAACAACCACAACAAAUAAUUUUCCAGCAACCCCAACAAUCAUACCCUGUGCAACCUCAACAGCCAUUUCCUCAACCCCAACCAGUCCCCCAGCAGCGACCCCAACAAGCAUCCCCCCUACAACCGCAACAACCAUUUCCCCAGGGAUCAGAACAAAUAAUUCCCCAACAACCAUUCCCUCUGCAACCACAACCAUUCCCCCAACAACCACAACAACCAUUUCCCCAGCCCCAACAACCAUUCCGCCAACAAGUAGAACUAAUAAUUCCCCAGCAACCUCAACAACCAUUCCCUCUGCAGCCACACCAACCAUAUACACAACAAACCAUCUGGAGUAUGGUCUAGUCAUCAGGGGCCUAUGAAGCGACAAGUUGUAAUACUAAAUGGGUGGAUCAUCAUCCUUUAGUCAACGGAGUGUUUAAUGUAAUGAUGAUAAAUAAAGUGAUGUGCACCAUCAUGUGUAACCCCGACCUAUACUAGUUCAAAUGAGAAUAAAAGACAAAGAAAGUUCUUGUCACAA